AUGUACAUCAUGAGCGCCCGUAGGCGCGUCGACCGUGAACCUCCAGAAGAAGCACCGCGACGCCCGCCUCCGCGAAACCACUACAACUGUCCUGAACGCUUGCACCAUGUGUGGUCGACUCGAUUAAAGGCCUACAGUUCGUUCGGCGAUCGACGACCGGCGUUCAACCCGUAUAACCCAUCGGCUUGCUGGCUGCAUGGUGCUGCAUCCUUCAAGAAAGUUGCGAUUGGUGACGGAAUAGUGCGUUCAAGAUGGCGCUGGGCGCGUGUCUGA